AUGGACCAGAGCCCGAGUGAAAUUUAUCGAACCGAGUCAGCUAGACUCUUACUGCAGUUUGAAGCAGAUGCAGGAACUUAUGAUAAUACAGGUCAAUUAUGUUUAACAUUGAUGGCCGCAAACAUGCCUCAACUUGCAUAUACAGCUUUGGAUCAGUUUCUUAUCAAGGACAGACCUAAUCGAAAGCAGUACUUAAUGAUAAACAUGCUGGUACCACGACCUUCAGAGACCAGCAACAGUCAUGCCAAGUCAUUGCUUGAGGUGAUAGUCCAAUAUCGACAAUUGGAUCUCAUUAUGCAUCCCGUCGUACAAAAAUUAAUUGCACUUAAAUGGCAACACUUUGGAAUGAGAGGAGUAACAAUUAUGUUGACCCUUAACAUCUGCUUCAUUGUUUCUUGGACUGUUCUGGGACUUAGUUCAUCACUGGCUAAUGUGAAACAACUUAAUUACGAACUACCUGGUGACUGGUGGAGAGUUUUAAUUGCUACUGUAGCCAUUGCGCUCACUGUGUACCAGAUUGCAGAGGAGUUCGUCGAAAUCCACUCUUCAAAUACAAAGUUUUCUCGCUGGAAGGAGUGGAGUGCCCAGGAAAUAAUGAAAGAUCUAAACUUAUGCCACCCACGGUGGCCAGAGGAGGAGUCAUAUCUUAAGAAGCAACUGAGUGCACUAGAUGACCUGCAUCCCCACUAUUUCAAUGAUUUUUGGAAUUUGUUUGAUUGGUUGGUCUAUCUGUUACUCUUUGCUUUGAUUGGAACUUAUGCAGCUGAUCUGUCAAUGUCUAGUGAUACUAUUCACACAACCCAUAUUCGACUUUGUGCAGUAACAACAAUAUUCCUUUGGUUACGAGUCAUGAAACAUGCACGAGCAAUCAGAGCCCUAGGACCUUUUAUAGUGAUGCUCGGAAAAAUCAUUGUGGACCUCCUCAAGUUCCUUUUUCUUUAUGGAGAGUUUUACAUUCCUUUCGCAUGUGCAUUUUGGAUAAUCUUUGGAGGCCUUGUACCAAAUAUGGCAACUAUACCCCAGAUGCUUUUCACUGUAUUUCGGAUAACUCUGGUUGAUGAUUAUGGAUUUGAUGAGAUGUAUGUCAUCGAUCCAGUAAUGGCAUAUUUGCUCUGUGGAACAUUUCUUGGGGUGUCGAGUAUUCUGUGUAUCAAUCUUCUCAUCGCAUUGCUUUCAGACACGUUCCAAAGAGUGUAUGACAACGCAAAUGCUAAUGCAGCCAUGCAACAGGCUAGUAUUGUAUUGUAUGUUGAAGACCAUCUCAGUAAGAAGAAAACUAAUGCAUUUCAAGAGUUUAUACAGACAUCGUGUGCACCAUUAGAGAUAUUCUUCGAUGAUGAUAUUACAAUUGAUCAAGAAGAUGAUCUGAAAAAAGUCACCAUUCAGAUAAAGGUAAUAAGAAUCUUCUGA